CUUGGGUGGUCGGGAGCCCGAGCAGGCGAGAGCCUCAACCAACUUUUCAAACAUGACCUGCGGACACACAGUCCGUAGCCAGUUUGGCUCAAGACAUUAGCCAGACACGUUCUGGCGUAGGUCGUUGUUGCGACAGGUUGUGCAGGACGCCUGCAGUUUGUACUCCGCGAGCGAUGGCAUGUUUCACGAGCAUUUCCAGGAACACUCUGGGUAUGCUGCUUAUGGGCAUUCAUGCUGUCCCUGUCACGGUGCAAUUUCUGCUGGGACGAGUUGUCAAGGAGGAGCAGCGUCUGCCGUAUUUUCGGAUGCAGAGUCUUGCGUUUCUACUGCUGUCGUGCUGUCUAGGAGCCCAUGUGUGGUUAUCAACAGAGGCUUGGCCUGAGGCUCCACAGCGGAAGUGGGUAGUUCUUCGAGGUGCGUUCGGAUGGGGGCAGUUCCUUUUUGGUGUUAUUGCUGUUCAGAUUGGAGCUCCUCUGGGCGACCUAGCUGCCUUGCAGAGUGUCAAUGUUGUGGCGGCCGCCCUACUCGGGCGGAUGUUCUUGUCAGAGGUGGUCCGAUACGUGCACGGGCUUGCGAUUUGUUGUGCUGUCGUGGGUGCCGUACUUGUUUCCAAGCCUCCGUUCCUUUUUGGCAGCGGCGAUGCCAUUGAUGAUGUUGCAUGGCCUGGACACAUUCUAGCGCUUUUAUCUGGCAUGAGCAAAGCAGGCAUUUUUAUUGCGUCCAGAAAGUGCCCCACAGCUGCGCCAUCGCUGCUGACGCUAGCGACGGUUGCACAGGCAUCAAUUGUGUUUAUGGUUCUGCCCUUGACGCGACUUGUUAAUGAGCACCCGUCGGGCACAUUGACUGCCUCAGCUUCAGGCGCCAUUGGCUGGUUUACUUUGCUUGUGAUAUCAACGGGCUUUGCAACCCUUCUGAUCAGCGCUGGUUCGCAGUUGUGCCCAGCAGCCGCGAGCGCGAUAAUCAACAAUUCCGCGUGCAUGGUUUUUGGAUACAUUUUGCAGGUGACACUAUAUGACAACAUCCCGAGCGUGACAACCGCGUGUGGCUGUAUGCUGAUGUUCGCCAGCAUCGUGCUGAUGUCAGUGUUCCGGGACCGCCCGAAGCCCGCCGGCGGCCCCAAGGGCGUGCGCGAAGAGACUACGCGGCAGCCCCGCGACGCCGACGGGGCCGCCAAGGUGCGCGGCGAGGGGCCCGCUGGGACCGUCGGAGGGCCAGGGGCGUGUCGAGAUGAAGGUGCGGCUGCGGCCACGGCCACGGAGCCAUCAGGCUCAGGCGUCAGAGGUGGUGCUGCGGCUGUGCCUGCGGCGACGGCUCCGCGCGCGUGGCGCCGUGAAGGCGCGGCGGCGGAGGGGGUGCCGGGCUGCCUGCUCGGCGGCGCCUGCGCGACCGCGUCGUGCCUCUGGGGCUCCCCGGGGCUCCGCUUCGAGGCUCUGCCCUCGGAGCGCUCGCCCUGAGGGCCAGGCCUUGCCCUCCUCCUCCUCCUCCUCCUCCUCCUCCUCCUCCCUCCCUCUCCACACCCCUUCCAUCCCCCUCUCCCACUGCGCGUUUUCCACGAGGCUGUAAAGCCAUCCGCUGCUAAGCAUUGGUAUGUGUACGGUGUCUGUGCUCUGGCGCGCUUGCGUUCUCGUUUUUUCAGAUUCGCCUUAGCCUUUUUUCAAGCGGAAUUCCUGCCGAUGCGCCGUCUAGCCGCGCCUUCUUGCGAGCGUGCGGUGCCUGGCGAGGGGCCCAAGGAGGUCAAAGACGGCGAACAAAAA